AUGCCUUUGGCUGUGACGAGUAUUUGGCCAAGGAAAUACUUCUAUGAAGAGCAAGUCCAGCGAAUGGAGCCGGGAUCCCCAGGACCAAAUGGCAGAAAGGCACCCAAGGGCCGUGCAAUGGAACCGAGGAAGGUUGCCAUGUGUGGAUAUCCUUGGCAUCCUUGGUACAUGUUGAAGCUAGUGCCUUGCGCGAAGAGUGCUGGAUUACCCCUAUCCCGAGCUCCUCCCUUCUAUCGGCUGAGGUGCUUGAACUAUGAAACCAUUGCCUUUCAUGACGUUCUGUGUGGAUCCUGGCCGGUGAGGACGUGGAUUGCAAUAACAUAUGCAAGAUGCCUCGGCCCUGACUCCCUUACAAAUGGGCGUCAAGUAGCUGGAAAACGCUACAAGCCAGCGAUGGUGGUGAAGCAGGUCACGGUUCAUGGCCUGGCUAGCCAGCCCAAUCGUCCAGACGCCAUCCGUCAAGCCUUGAAGGAUUUUGAGGAUGACCUGCAUGCAGGACUUCGCGUUGGAGGUCCCGGUGCCGAACUCAUCGUGGGCGCCUGCGAGCCAGCGGCUGGGCGCUUCGGUGCCUCCACGGAGAUCAUCCUGGCGGACCAAGUGCUGCAGGUCUUCCAAAAGGUUCACAUCUUACCCUACAAGGAUACGUUUAAAUACAACUUUGACCACAUGUACCACAACCACAUCGUUCCCUACUUCCAGACUGGGCAAGUCGGUGAGUUCACCAAAGGCUUUGAAUUCUCGUUUCAAGGUGUGAGAUUUCAGGUGGUGGGAGUCCAGCCAGAGGAUUCCUAUGGUGUGGUGGGAAGUGAAACCGAGAUUUUCUAUGAAGGGCCGGAGAUUGAGCGAAAGGUUUUGGAGCGAUUGCAGUUGCUGCCUUUUGAACAGGGUUUGCCAGAGAAGUAUCGGCCCAGCAAACUGUCCCUGGACGAAGCCGGGCUUCUGAGAGACUUCGUGCGGCCUUAUUUCGAGCAGCGCUCCACGUCCAUCAAAGCUGGCGACAUCGUGGAGAUCCGAAAUGUGAAGUUUAAAGUGAUCACCACGCGGCCCGCGGCAGGUGGUGGAGUCGGCAAGGAAACGGAACUGGCGUGUCAGGGUGUGGCCCUGAAAGAAUCCUUCCAGCCACCUACCAGGGCAGCUGCAUCCAGGCCAAAGGCAGCUGCAAAGACAGCUGCUGCGAAGGCAGCGGCGCGAGAGGAGUCGCAGCAGUGCCAGCUGAUGUCUUUGAACAAGUUCAUGGCCUUUGAGAAUAGAGACCCUUUCCAGGCGAAGCAGGAGCAGAUGGAGAACCCGGGGAGCACGGCUUGGCACAAGUGGUGUGCGGAUCAAUAUCUCAGGUUGGCAAUGGAAGAAGGUGAAGACAUGGAUGAUGGUGCCGAUUGA